AAGUUCAGAUGGAGUGGUGACAUUAAAAAGGCUUUCAGUAUGUACAGCUUGGCAGUGGUGAUGGAGGUUAAACAUACAAACACAAUGAUAAGGCUACUGUUAGUCAGCCUACUCUUUCUCUCUGUCUAUGGACAAACUUCAGGACCAUAUUUCAUGGUGACAUUUCCUGCAGUAAUAGAGGCUGGCUCUGUUGCUAAAUUGUGUGCAAGUCUUCUGAAGCCUAAUGAGACUCUGCAAAUGAACAUCUUUCUGGUUCGCAACAACCGUAGCAAAACUCUUUUGCAAGAAACAGUGGAAAAGGACUUUCACCACUGCUUGGAUUUUCAGGCUCCAUGGGUUAUGCGUGAAUCAGUGCAAAAUAUUAAAGUAGAAGUCACAGGUGAACGUUUUAAGAUGACAGAGAAAAGGAAAGUGAUGUUUAAAUCCUACGACACAUUGAUUUUCAUUCAGACUGAUAAACCCAUCUACAAUCCAGGACAAACAGUAAAUUUCAGAAUUGUUAAUAUGGAUUCUACUUUUAUUCCCCUGGAACAAAAAUACAGCACAGUGAGUCUUGAGGAUGGAAAUCAUAACAGGAUUGGUCAGUGGACAAAUGUGUCCACGACAGGUUUGAUACUGCAGCUUUCUCAUGAACUAAACGCUGAGGCUCCAAAGGGAGAUUAUCAGAUAAUUGCUGAGACUGGAAAAAAGUUGACAAAGCACACAUUUAAGGUGGACAAUUAUGUUUUACCCAAGUUCGAGGUUACAGUAAAAGCACCAGAAGAACACAGCAUCGGUGAGGAGGAACUAAAGCUUGAAGUUUGUGGAAAGUACACUUAUGGACAACCAGUAGUUGGUCAAACAGUGGUGCAGCUGUGCCGCCAGUUUAGUUCAAGUCAUGAUGAUACCUCAAUGAUUUCACCCUGCCUGAGUGAAACGGUGGAGAUGAGUCAGAAUGGCUGUUCAUUGAUUAUCAUCAAUGUGUCAACCUUCAUGAAUACUGAAUUUGAACAAAAGUUAAAUAAUCGUCUUGUUGCUAAUAUUAUACUCACGGAGGAAGGGACAGAUAUUUCAGUGAAGAAAGAUAAAAUGAUAAGGCUUUCUUUUAAAAUUGGUAAAGUGGAAAUACUCGAAUUACCAAAAAACUUUGAACGGGGGCAAGUUAUAGAAGGAAAGAUUAAAGUAACUACCUACAGUGGAACACCAAUUCCUAACAAGAAGGUGUAUCUUUUUGAACGUGAUCAGUGGUCUCAAAUCUUACUACUCAACCUUACAACAGAUAGUAAUGGCUUGGCAAACUUCUCAGUUGCUUCUCCUGAACAUCCUAAAACAGAUCUAACAUUGUUGGCAAGUGUCCACCCAGAAGCUAAACACAAAAAAUACAAAACACCAUUCUUUUCCAAUGAUGCUGCACAUAUCCAUCUGCUCCAACCUGCUACACCUUACAGUCCAGUGUACAGUGAACUGUCAAUAGAGAGCUCAGGAGAACCAUUUAAAUGUGGUGCAGAAAUUCCCAUAACAAUUAACUACUAUAUUGUUGGGGAAACUACUGAAAGUUACAGUAUUGAUCUCAUAUACAUGGUCUUGUCUAAAGGAGCCAUAUUCCAUUAUGGGCAUGAGAUAGUUGAAGUGGAAGCAUCUACAGAUCUCAGAAAAGGAAAAAUCUCAUUUAAACUAUCUGUUCUUGCUGAGCUGGCUCCUGUAGUGCAGGUUGUGGCGUACUCUGUCCUGCCCAGUGAGAACGUCAUUGCAUCUAGAAGGAAUUUUGAUGUUGAAAAGUGUUUCAGAAAUAAGGUUUCACUACAGUUCUCUCCCUCUAAAGCAGUUCCAGGUGAGAAGAACACUCUUGGGGUCUCAGCUCAUCCUGGGUCACUUUGUGGCCUCAGUGCUGUAGAUCAGAGUGUGUUCAUCUUAGUGCCAGGAAACCGUCUAAAUGCUGACAAGAUAUUUGAUAUUUUGCAAAUGAGAUCAGCAGAUUAUUAUCCCUAUGAUGUUGAAGAAGAAAUUGAGUGCUUACAUAUUAGACCUCGGCGUGAUGUACCUUAUGACCAUGUUUACAGAACAUUAAAGGAUGUGGGGCUAAAGAUGGCAACAAACUUGGCUGUAAGACACCCUGAGUGUUUGAUAUACAAAGGUGUGAGGUAUAAUCGUGGACGUUCAAAUGGGCGCCUCAGGUCAAGAAUUUAUUCAGAGGGUUCAUUUGCAAGAUCCUCAGAAGCUAGACCCAUCAAAACGGACCGUAAAUUCUUCCCAGAAACUUGGAUCUGGCAACUUGUGGAAGUGGGGGACUCUGGAUCUGUACAGCUUCCUCUCACUGUUCCUGACACCAUCACCACUUGGGAAACUGAUGCUUUCUGCGUGUCCUCUAUAGGUCUGGGUCUCGCUCCUCCUGUUCAGCUCACAGUGUUUCAGCCCUUCUUCCUGGAGCUCUCGUUGCCUUACUCCAUUAUACGUGGAGAGGUUUUUGAGCUGAAGGCUACUGUCUUCAAUUAUCUUUCCAAAUGCAUUAUGGUUAAAGUGACUCCAGUCCCUUCCUCAGACUACACUCUGGAAAAAUCUUCUGAUGGUGAAUAUUCAUCCUGUCUGUGUGCAAAUGGAAGAAAGACCUUCAAAUGGACUCUGAUUCCCUCUGUGCUUGGAGUCAUGAAUGUGACAGUGAGUGCAGAGGCAGAACAAUCCCAGACUGUGUGUGAUAAUGAGAUUGUGAGUGUUCCCGAGAGAGGCCGUAUUGACACAGUUACACGAAGCCUCAUUGUAAAGGCUGAAGGAACUGAAAAGACAAAGAGCCAAAGCUGGUUGUUAUGUCCACAAGGCAACAGUGUUUCAGAGGAGCUGGAGCUAAUUCUUCCUGAGGAUGUAAUAAAGGGAUCAUCACGAGCUUCUGUUUCAGUGCUUGGAGACAUACUUGGUCGUGCAUUAAAAAAUCUGAAUGGACUACUAAGGAUGCCAUAUGGCUGUGGAGAACAAAACAUUGCUCUUCUCGCCCCAAAUAUCUACAUUCUUCAAUAUCUAGAGAACACUGAGCAGCUCACCACAGAUAUCCGUGAGAAGGCUACCGGUUUCCUUAAGAGUGGAUAUCAGAGGCAGCUAAACUAUAAACAUAUCAGUGGUGGAUAUAGCACAUUUGGCAGUGGAGAGGAGAACACAUGGUUAACUGCAUUUGUCUUAAGGACCUUCAGCAAAGCACAGCGUUACAUCUUUAUUGAUCCAGAUAUCAUUAACAGUGCAAAGAAUUGGCUUAUACGUAUCCAAGGAUCAAAUGGCUGUUUUAUACGACAGGGAAAUCUGUUCAAUAACAGAAUGAAGGGUGGUGUAAAUGAUGAUGUGACCAUUACUGCAUACAUCACUGCAUCAUUCCUUGAAUUGGGCCUUACAGUGCAAGAUCCUGUUGUUAAUAAAGGGCUGUUAUGCCUAAAAUCUUCUAUUGGUAACCUGACAAACACCUACACCACUGCGCUCUUGGCUUACACUUUCAGUCUGGCUGGAGAGAAUGAAACUCGAGAGCAGCUACUAAAAGAGCUAAAUAGUAUUGCUAUUACAGGAGAUGGUCGUCUUCACUGGUCUCAGUCAGCAUUAGAUGAUUCCAGCUCAUUGUCAGUGGAAAUCAGUUCCUAUGUGCUCCUAGCUGUUCUCAGUACAGGUCAACUCACUGCUGCUGAUUUGGGCUACGCUAAUAGGAUAGUCAGCUGGCUCGUGAAACAGCAAAAUCCCUAUGGAGGCUUUUCAUCCACCCAGGACACAGUCGUGGCUCUCCAAGCUCUGGCUCUGUACUCCACUAAAGUGUUCAGCUCAGAAGGCUCUAGCACAGUAACUGUAAAGUCUGCAGCUGGACACAGUCACAACUUUGAUGUGAAUCAGAACAACAAGUUACUGUACCAAGAAAGAUCAUUGCAGGAUGUUCCUGGUAAAUACAGCAUUGAUGUGAAGGGCUCCACCUGUGUAUCAGUGCAGACAGCACUUUUCUACAAUGUCCCCACACCUACUCAUGCCAAUACACUGCGUAUCUCAGCUACAUCUGGUGGAAAAUGCACAAAAUCAUUCCAAUACACUCUAGCAAUCAAUUUCACUGUCACAUAUGAUGGGGAACUAAACAGUACUAACAUGAUCAUAGUGGACAUAAAACUCUUAUCAGGGUUCACAGCAGAUCCUGGUGAACUGAAAAAUCAAUUUUUGGUUCAACGAGUUGAUUCCAAAGAUGACCAUAUUAUCAUGUACAUCAAUAAGCUCCAAAGGAAUCUUCCUGUCAACUAUUAUCUACACAUUAAACAAGCAUUUCCUGUCAAGAAUCUCAAGCCAGCUGUGAUCAAAGUUUACGAUUACUACCAAACAAAUGACCAGUCUGAAACAGAGUACACCUCACCUUGUGUGUAAGCUUCCAGAGCUGCAUUAAAGAUAACCUUCA